CGCAAAUCGCCGCCGGCCGCCGCCGCCAUGGGCGACUACGGCAACGCCAUGAUGCGGAACCAGGACGCGGGCGUGCAGUCCCGCGUCAAGGCGCAGAGCCGCGCCAACCUCCUCCAGCUCAAGCUCAUCGGGCAGAGCCACCCGACGGGGCUCACCACCAACCUGCUGAAGCUGUUCGAGCCGCGGCCCCCGCUCGAGCACAAGCCGCCGCUCGAGAAGCGCAAGCUGCCGGCUUAUUCCGGGAUGGCGCAGUUUGUCACGCGGUUUGCGGAUCCUGAUGACCCCGAGUAUGCUCCGCCUGUACCCACAUGCGAGACUAGGGCUGAAAAGAAGGAUAGAAUCCGCCAACUAAAGCUUGAGCAAGGUGCAGCUAAGGUUGCUGAAGAGCUUCAGAAGUAUGACCCACAAAAUGACCCCAAUGUCACUGGAGAUCCAUACAAAACACUCUUUGUUGCAAGACUUAACUACGAGACAUCCGAGCAGAAGGUGAAAAGGGACUUUGAGGCUUAUGGGCCUAUUAAAAGGGUACGACUUGUGACUGACAAGGUUACAAAUAAACCUAGAGGAUAUGCAUUCGUAGAGUUUGCGCACACCCGGGACAUGAAAAGUGCUUACAAGCAAGCUGAUGGGAGAAAAGUGGACAACAAGAGGGUGCUUGUUGACGUAGAGCGUGGUCGAACUGUACCAAAUUGGCGCCCUAGGAGAUUGGGUGGUGGACUUGGAUCAAGCAGGAUUGGUGGUGAAGAUGCUGCCCAGAAGCAUUCUUCUAGAGAGCUACAGAAUGCUGCUGGGCGCCCCAGAUCAGAGGAGCCUAGGAGGGAUGAUCGUCCUGCAGAUCGGGAUCGUGAGAAAUCACGUGAAAGGGUGCGGGAAAGAGACCGUGAUGAGCGGCCCCGUGAACGAUCCCAUGACAGGACUCGUGACCCAAGGGAAGAGAGGCCCCACCAUAGAGACCGUGAGAGAACUCGGGACAGGGACCGAGAACGAGACCCGGAGAGAGAUCGCGGGCGUGACCGCCGUGAUAGGGAUAGGCACAAGGAUCAUGGCAGGGACCGAGACCAGGAUAGAGAUAGGAAACGUGAGCGCUCUCAUGGCAGGGGCAGGGACCGUGACAGAGAUUACGAGCGUUCAGGUCACGAGCUGGACCCUGCCAGGGACCGAGAUUACAAGCGUGCGCGCCAUGAACAUGACCGUGGUCACUUGCAGGAAAGUGAUGCUGAUUAUGGUAAUGGUGAUCCCAGCUAUAGGCAGCAUGAACAUCACAGAAGCCAUGAGCAGUAUGGUUAUGGCCAGCCUGAAACUGAGCGGCCAAAGCGACAUGAUCAUUACGGGGAUGAUUCACACAGUAAAAUGCCAACCACUUACCAGGGGCAACCUGACGAUGCAGAACCUGAAGGCCCCGAGGAAGGUGAGGCAUACUAGUAAGGAAUUUGCAGCAUAACCGAGCUGGUGAACACAGGAGCUGAAACUUGAUAGCUGUGGCAAGUCCUGGGCUGGUUGAACAUGGAGCUGAAACUUGAUAGCUGUGGCAAGCCCUGCCAACUCUGGUGGUCAUUUCAGUGGUUGCCAAUGGUUGUGGCUCUGGCUUGGAAGCAAAAAUGGUCUGUUGUUGGAUAUUUAAUUAUGGUGGGAAUGUUUGUUUAUUGUAUGUUGUUUGUAAUAAUUAGCCGAAUCAUACUUGUGGGUUAUGGAACUUAUUUUGUGAUCAAUGUAAUUUUGUAGACAAUCUUCAAUCAAUGUGAACACGUUACUCUCUUAA